AUGCUGUUGUGCCCUUGCUUUUUUGUGAGAACAACUGCUGACGCUGGGGGUUGUUUUUUGAUGUAUACAGAGUGCCGGAACUCCAAGGAGUGCGCCCCUGCCAAGCACCACUUUGACGAGUGCGUCGAGCGUGUCACCGCUGCCCAGUCCGAGGAGGGCGGCGCCAAGGAGGACUGCGUCGAGGAGUUCUUCCACCUUGCCCACUGCGCUACCGCCUGCGCCGCGCCCAAGCUCUGGUCCGUCCUCAAAUAA